GAGGAAGAGCGGCCCCGGCCCCGGCCCCGCCGGCGUCGCCCCCCGGGCCCCGCAGAGCAGGAGCUGAGCAUGGAGAGCAGCGAGGAGCCGGUGGCCGAGGCCGUUUUGAGCGGCUCCAGGGCGCAGGGAGAAGCCAGCGGGGAGGAGAAGCCGCGGAGAUGCCUGAGCAGGAGGGGCUGCAAACGCAGAGCGCGGGGAUCCGAGGGGCAAAGAGCCGGCCUGGGCCAGGGAGGGGCUCAGAGCCCCGAGCUGGGGCUCCGGGAGCAGCUCCAGGAUGGGCAGGAGAAGCCCCACGAGCGCUCGGAGUGCGGGAAGAGCUUCAGCAGGAGCUCCGAGCUGGGUGCCCACCUGAGGAGCCACGCUUGGGAACAGCCGAGCUCUGAGGGGGAAAAGCCUCCCCUGGGUGGGGAAGGGGCUCAGAACUUGGAGCUGGGGGUCCAAGAGCAGCUCCAGGAUGGGCAGGAGAAGCCCCACAAGCGCUCGGAGUGCGGGAAGAGCUUCAGGUGGAGAUCCUGCCUGAUUAUCCACCAGAGAAUCCACACCGGGGGACAGCUGGGAUCUGAGGGGGAAAAACCCACCCUGGACCAGGGUCAGAGCUCAGAGCUGGGGCUCCGUGAGCAGCUUCAAGAUGGGAGAAGAAGCCCCACGAGUUCUCGGAAUGGGAGAAGAGCUUCGUGCUGGGUUCCCACCUGAUUGUCCACCAGAAGAGCCACACGGAGCAAGAGCUGGGAUCUGAGGGGGAAAAACCAACCCCGCAUCAGGAAGGGGCUCAGAGCUCGGAGCUGGGGCUCCAUGAGCAGCUCCAGGAUGGGCAGGAGGAGAAGCCCCACAAGUGCUCGGAGUGCGGGAAGAGCUUCAGGUGGAGAUCCAACCUGAUCAAGCACUGCAGAAUCCACACUGGGCAACAGCUGAGACCUGAGGGGGAAAAUCCCACCUUGGACCAGGGUCAGAGCUCAGAGCUGGGGCUCCGUGAGCAGCUCCAGGAUGGGGAGAAGAGGCCCCACAAGUGCUCGGAGUGCGGGAAGAGCUUCACCAAGAGAUCCAACCUGAUCAGGCACUGCAGAAUCCACACUGUGCAACAACUGGGGUCUGAGGGGAAAAAACCCACCCUGGGUCAGAGCUCCAAGCUGGGGCUCCGUGAGCAGCUCCAGGAUGGGGAGGAGAAGAAGCC